AUGCCUCUCAUAGUAGCUUUCCUCAUGAUUCCAAAGCUUGGAAAAUUUUUAAAAGAUGCCAUCCUCAACAAGACAAAGGAGCUAACAGGGAUGGUUGUGUUGAGUCAUGAGUGCAGUGCAGUCAUACAAAUGAGGGCAAUCCCUAAAGCUAUCAGAUCCAGAGAGCUUCACACUUCCUUGUUGAGCUUGACAUUUUCAAUAGCAAAGAAGUUGGGGUACAGAGUGUUCAAGCCAGCAAGAAUCUCUCUAGUCUUAGCUGAUAGGCCUGUUAGACUACCACUUGGAAUGCUUGAAGAUCUACCAAUCAAAAUAGGUGGCUUUGAGGUUCCAACAAACUUUGUGGUCUUGGAAAUGGAUGAGGAACCCAAUGAUCCUCUCAUCUUAGGCAGACCAUUCCUUGCCACUGCUGGUGCCAUCAUUGAUAUAAGGGCUGGCAUGAUUGAACUUCAGCUUGGAUCAGAGAGACUCAAGUUUGAUGUGAAAGAGAUGAUGAAGAAACCCACCAUAGAAGGACAAGUCUUCUAUGUGGAAACUAUGGAUGAGCUAGCUGAUGAGCUCUUAGAGGAGCUGAACACUGAAGAUCACCUUCAAAUAACCUUGACUAAAGAACAUGGUGAUCAUGGUUACUUGGCUGAAGAGAGUGAAGCCUACAGGAUGGAAAUCAGUGGCUUAAGCCAAACCAAUGGUCAUUUCAAGAGUGCAAAGCCGUGGGGGAUAGAGGAUGAGCAAGGCAACAAGCCUAUUGAGGAGAUGAACACCAAACCAAGUCCAGCCAAGAAGGAUUCAUACAAUGCGGAUUGGGAUGAGUCUAAGGCACCUCAAUUGGAACUCAAACCUCUUCCUAAGGGGUUCAGAUGGGUUUCACCAGUUCAUGUGGUGCCCACCAAGGGUGGAAUAACAGUGAUCAAAAAUGAAAGGGAUGUGCUGAUAGCAACCAGAACCAUCACAGGUCAUAGGAUGUAUAGAUUACUGAAAAUACCAAUAGACCCAAGAGACCAGGAGAAAACCACAUUUACCAGUCCAUAUGGGGCCUUUGCUUAUAGGCGCAAGCCAUUUGGACUGUGCAAUGCUCCUGCUACAUUCCAAUGCUGUAUGAUGUCCAUAUUUUCGGAUCUGAUUGAAGAGAAAGUAGAGAUAUUCAUGGAUGACUUUUCAGUCUAUGUAUUCUCCUUCUCUGUUUGCUUGUCUAAUGUUUCUCAGGUCCUAAGGAGAUGUGAGGAGCACAGCUUGGUUCUCAACUGGGAGAAGUGUCAUUUUAUGGUGCAAGAGGGUACUGUUCUUGGGCACAAGGUUUCUGAGGCAGGGAUAGAAGUGGACAGGGCAAAAGUGGAAGUGAUGGUGAACUUGCAAGCUCCAAAAUCUGUUAAGGGGAUCAGAAGCUUUCUGGGUCAUGCAGGUUUUUAUAGAAGGUUCAUUAAAGACUUUUCUAAGAUAGCAAGGCCAUUGACAAGGUUGCUAUGCAAGGAUGUGGAGUUUGUCUUUGAUGCUGAGUGUGAGGAGGCCUUUAAGAAGAUCAAAGAAGCCUUAAUCAGUGCACCUACUGUACAAGCCCCAGAUUGGUCUCUACCCUUUGAAGUGAUGACUGAUGCUUCUGACUAUGCUGUUGGAGCGGUUUUGGGUCAGAAGAAGGACAAGAAGCUCCAUGUGAUAUAA